UGAACGCGGCGUUCGCGUGAUAAACAAAUCGAAAUAUGAAAUUGCCGGUCCGAAAAUGUUAUUAUGUGGCAAAAGUUAGUUUCUGUUUAAUGCUAGUAGUUGUAUUGUUAAGUUUGUUUGAGCAAUGGCGUGGCAAAAAGCGUUCUGUGGGAGCACAAGUGACGAAUCUUAACGAUGAGUACGAAAGAGAAAUCAGGGAAGAUGAAGAUCGAAUUGUCCCUGGACUUGGGGAAGGUGGUGAAGCUGCUCAUUUGUUCGGUGAAGACAAGCGGCUCGGCGAAGAAUCUGAGAAAAAACUGGCCAUUAACGUGUAUUUAAGUGAUAGAAUCGCGUAUAAUAGAACUUUAAAAGACCAUCGAAACCCAGCAUGCAAGCGCGUAGUUUACGACGCGGAGUUACCAUCGGCUUCCGUUAUCCUGAUCUUCCACAACGAACCAUACUCGGUAGUUGUGCGAACAAUAUGGAGUGUGAUAAACAGUGUGCGGCGAGAUCGGCCGUGGUUCGCAAAGGCUAAUUUUAUUGAGAGGGAUUCAGGACGGAAAAUGGUCCUUGGCUACCCUGGACAAGAUCCUGCAUCCCCAUAUGUAUAUUUAAAAGAAAUAAUACUAGUAGAUGAUAAUUCCACUCUACCAGAGCUCAAGGGAAAGUUGAGUUAUUACAUACAAACCAGACUGCCGCCAGACCUUAUUAAAAUAUUAAGGUUACCUGAUCGUGUCGGUCUGACUCGGGCGCGAUUGGCCGGCGCGCGAUACGCGAAGGGCGAAGUCCUAGUGUUCCUAGACGCGCAUUGCGAAGCCCAAACCGACUGGCUCAGACCUCUACUACAGAGGGUCAAAGAUGAACCGCAUACAGUGGUCGUGCCUAUCAUAGACGUGAUCGAAGCGUCCAAUUUUUAUUAUAGCGUUCAAGAUGCGGUCACUUUUCAGGUAGGCGGUUUCACAUUCAUGGGCCACUUCACGUGGAUAGACGUGCCCGAGUGGGAGAAGAAACGCCGCGGGUCAGAUAUAGCGCCCACUUGGUCACCAACAAUGGCUGGCGGGUUGUUCGCUAUAAACCGUCAGUACUACUGGGAAUUAGGAGCUUACGACGAACAGAUGGCAGGCUGGGGAGGAGAAAAUCUCGAAAUGUCCUUUAGGAUAUGGCAGUGCGGUGGAACAUUAGAGACGAUUCCGUGUUCUCGCGUGGGCCACGUGUUCCGCUCGUUCCACCCGUACGGGCUGCCCGCUAAUUCCGAUACACAUGGUAUAAAUACAGCGCGUAUGGCCGAAGUAUGGAUGGAUGAAUAUGCAGAACUGUUUUAUUUGCAUCGACCUGAUUUGAGGAAUAAUCCAAAAAUCGGUGACGUCACCCAUCGCCGAAUACUGCGCGAGAAGCUACGCUGCAAAAGCUUCGGCUGGUAUCUCUCUCGUGUGUAUAGAGAUAAAUUCGUGCCUGUCAGAGAUGUUAGUGAGUUUGGCAGGUUCCAAAACCCGUCUACAGGUAUGUGCCUAGACAGUCUACAGAGAGAAGGUGAAGCCAGCCCUCUAGGAUUAUAUCCUUGUCAUAAGGGUCUAGAAGCAACCCAGUAUUUUGCUCUCUCCCUCAAAGGUGAGCUUAGGGACGAAGAAAAAUGUGCUGAAUUACAGUAUACCAGGUCUCUAGCUGACAGUGACAGCGGUCGGCGAGUGUUAAUGGUCACUUGCCAUGGAAAGCUAAGAGGACAGCGUUGGAAACACCUGCCCUCCGGUGAGAUCCAACACGUGGAAUCAUCUCUCUGUCUGACCGCGUCCCGAGCGAGUGACGUCACCGCGCGACGUUGCCGCACCGACCCGCAACAAGUGUGGCGAGUUGACUACACUGACGAGAACGGGUUUAGGCUUAAUAAAGACGGUGAGCCGAGCGAGCAGGAGCUAAGGUUGCAGAAGCUUAGAGGACAAAGGCGGAUAUCUCGUUCGCUAAUGUCAUACAACGAGACGGACGAGCGACGUCACCACAAAAAGGGGAAAAAGAAGGGAAGGAAAGGGAAAAAGUCGAAAAAGGGCAAAAAGGACAAGUUUAUCCUGAAACUGGUCCGCAACACGAACGGUAGCUCCCAGCACGUGGAGGCGGAGAUCUUCUGCCGACACCGCCGCUUGUUGCCCAACGACUCGCUCGUGCGGGACGUCGUGGCCGCGCUCAAUGAUAGGGAUAUUGCGGUAAUAAACAACGGACGAGUGUUCCAGAAGCACAGAGUGACGGAUUUGCACAAACAGGUGUUGCCGCAGACUGACAAUCAGCCCAAAAAAGUAACCACAAAAAAGAGAAAAGACAAAAAGAAACCGGAAGUGCAGCCUGUCAAUAUGGAAGUGAUUGAGAACGCGCCGCAAGUGAAUCAAGAUGCUGGACCGAAUGUGAUGCGGUUGAACCAGGAUGGAGAGAAGAAGAUCAUCAUUGAGGACUUUGUUGAGAUUAAACCGAAGAUUUCAACUGAUAUGCCUAAGCGCAAACGCAAACGUCCUCACAGAGGCAAGACUGUCACCCGACAAAGAGAGGAAGAAGCAAUUAAACCUAUAUCUAUAGAGGACUCUCCAAUGGACCAAGCGAUGGUCAGAACACAGGAUGUUGACUCCGAUGAACAACGCCCCUCACACAGACACGCGCCACAAACGCACAGACACACACACGUACACUUGGAUAUAGAUAACAAGGAUGAUGACGAAGACAGUAAACAUGACAGACAUGCUCAUAAAGUUGGUAAAUCUGACCGAAACGCGUACAAUGUUGAUAAAAUUGACCAGCACGCGUAUAACGUUGACAAAUUUGACCAACAAGCUUAUAAAACUGACAAAUUUGACCAAUCUGCUUAUAAAAAGGAGAAAUUUGACCAAUCCGUUUAUAAAAAUGAUAAAUUUGACCACCCUGCUUAUAUAAAUGAUAAUUUUGACCAAUCUGCUUAUAAAAAUGACAAAAAUGACCAACAAGCUUAUAAACAUAAUAAAAUUGACCAGGAUGACAAGAAAAAUGACAAUAUAGAUGACGAUAGAAAAAUAAUUGAUAGGAAAGACAAAGAUAAAAUAAUUAACUUCAAGAAGGUUUUCGAUCAAGUUGGCAAUCAAAUUGUUAAAAACACAUACGAUUUAAAAUCGAAUAAUAAUUAUAAAGUUAGAGACAAAGACGAUGGUUAUACAGCUACAGUUAAAGAUAGAUAUAAAGAUGAUAGAGUUGUGUACACUGACACGGAUAAGUUGAGGAGUGAGGAACGAGAGGACAGUGGGUUCGAUAAGGGCGACGCACGUGAUGAUCAAACGGACCCAUCGUCCCCAUACCACCGUACGCAAGACGCUGUCUCGUCCCCAUUGCCCCAAACCCACUACGGGGACAUAGAUACAAACACGCGUGUGUCCGCUGAGGACAGGCCUGUGGGGCAGAGUGGGGCAAAUGUGGACCAACACACGGGGCAAAGUGGGGCAAGUGUGAGGGGCAGAGAUCUGGGACCGUCCCAAAGUGGACCUGUGAGAGUGGUUAUGAGGUCGAAUCUCACUUUCAACUUGGGAGAUGAAUUCUUCAAUUGGAAACAAGCAGCUGAUGAUGUUGCAAACCUUCUCGGCGAGUUGACGAUACCGGGCAACACUACAAAAUCGAGUAGCGAGUUCGAUUCCCGGGAACAUGAGAAGGAAACAGAGUCAAUAAGAGAAGGGAGUGGAAGGGAGAAGGAGAUACAAGAUAAGGGAAGUGCGAGAGAGAGGGAAAUACAGGAAAAAGACAAAGGGAGUGACAAGUCGGGCUCCUCUGAAAGUAGUAGUGAAGAGAUAUAGACUUAAUAAUUAUUAUAGAAAAUAUUACUUAUUAUAAUAGAAAAUAAUCAUUGUUGUGAAUGGAGGGUAGUUUUGGAAAUUUUGUCAAUUUCACUUCUGAUUUGAUUGUAAUAGUUUAUUAUAGGUGCAAUUAUGUUUAUAAUUAUGUAUUAUGUUAUUAGGGAAUAAUAAAAAUAUUUCCCUGUUUUUUCAUUGUUUUUUAAGUUUUGGUAGGUCAGUGUGAUUCUACUAAUAAAAUUUAGAUUUGCGAUGUUGGUAUUAAAAUAAUUAAACAUGGCAUAUUUCUCGUAUUCCGUAUUAAAUUUUUGGAUAACAAUAUAAUAUUAUGUUCGUUAUAAUUUUAUUAUACUCGUGAU